GUUCCAAAAGAACAUUUACUAUCAUCCGAUCUGCUCGAUUAAGCUAGUCAACAGUCUGCAAAGAAAGGAUCAACAUAUUUUCGAAGAAGAAAAUAUUCUUUUUGGGACAUCUUUAUUUACUUCGGAAUGACCGAAAUGGAUAUAUCCCCCUCCGUGAUGCGAUACAGACAGCUACCAUAGUAAAUCGACUUCGUGUAUCUUCGGUUAAUUUCGUCGGAACACAUCUCGGGGCCUAGGUUCAGUGUUCUACGUUCACACUGUCCAAACCUAUCGAUAAUCUUAUAUUUUCGAUGCCAAUUAGGCACAUUUCUGAAACAUUUAUAUGUAAAUCGAUUUUAUUUGUGUAUAUAUGUAUAUAUAUAUGCAAAUAUAUCGAUAAAUAGUAUAUAAAUCUUUCAUCGAAACGAACUAUUUCGUGAUUCGUUUCCGUUAGUCAAUGACACGCGAGUUCGUGUAUGCUCUCACAAAGCGUGCGUUUGAUACGUUAGUGUACUCAAAAGUGUUCCUUACACGUGCCAUACAUGUUUGGGAUAAUUAGACACGGAGGAAAACUAUUUUCUUUCGAUUUACGAUGUCUUCCUUUUUUUUUCUGCCAAAUGUAUUACGGUUGAUGAAUAUAAUUUUUUAGCAAAAAAUUGAAUGCAACAGUAUAUAUCGUCGGUCCGCCAUCUUGCAUAUUCCACUACUUAUGGGCCAGGGCCGACCGUAAUAACGGUGCGUUGAUUGAGGGGCCCUUUGACGUUAUACGUUCGAUUGUACGAAGUGAUAAAAUUGAUAUUUCAUUGAAAUAUCAACUAUUAUUGAUUAAAAAACAGUAAAGUGUUACAAAAUAAAUGAGACUGCUGUGAUAUUUCUCUAUAUAUUGCCUCUUUUUAAAUAAUGGAGACAUUAAGAAAUGACACAGUGCAUGUUUCCACGUCCAUUGAAUCUAAUCAUGAAGAAAUUGAUGUACAAAAUACCGAUGAAUUAUCAAAACAAAAAGAAGAAGAACUUUUAUAUAGAACAGGUGAAGAUGGAGAGGAAGAAGAAGCCUUGUCAGAUGAUAGUUUACGUUUAAGAUUAUCUGAAGAUGAAGCUGAAGUAGAAGAUGUUACUUUAGCAUGUAUAAAUCCUAAUCAAAGUGGUAAAGAAAAAGAAGAUAUUGAUGAGAAAAAUAAAGAAGAAUCUAAUGAACAAUUUCAUAAUGAAGUAGAUAAAGAUAAAAAGGAUAACAUAAACAUAGAAAAUGAAGAUAUCGAGAUUUUAAAAUCUGAUUUAAAAAAAACAAAUAAUAUAAUUUUAAACAGUGAUAGUAAUGACAAAGUGAUCAGUGAAAAAUGUAACGAUGAAUUAGUUAAUAAUUCUUCAAAAAGUAAAAAUGAAAAAUUAACAAAAACGAAAAAUGGUGAUUUGAUUAAACAAAAUUGUGAUGAUAGCAUAUUAGUUGAUAAUCUAAACAAUUAUAAAAAUUUAAAUAAUUCAAUUUGUAAAGAAGAUGAUAAACCUUCCUUAGAAAUACAAAAUGAAGAUGAAGAGUGUAGUCAAUUGAAGUUCCAAGAUCAGAAUGAAGAAGUAGAUAUUAGCAAACAUAAUGAUGAAUGUUAUGAUGGAAAACAAGAUUUAACAUUAAAUAAAAAUGAGAAAGAAUUAAGCAGCAAUUGUAUUAUAACUGUUUCUAAUAAUAAGCAAGUGCAAAAGUUAUUAUUUCUGGAUGAUCAUUUAACAAUCGAUGAACAUUUUGAGGAAAAACCAAAAAUUAAUGCAGAGAUUACUACAUUAAAUCAAUACCAGGAAAAUAGUCAACAUGCAAUAUCAAAUCUUAAUAAUGAUAAAAGUAAGGCUGUACAAAACUGUCUUACAAUUGAUCAAAAAGUUAGUAAUGAUAAAUGUGGUAAAAAGGUUUUAGAAGAUGAAACUAACUCGUGUCAAUCUCCAAAUUUGUCUGAUAAUCAUUCUUUAAAAAAGCAAACUGGAAAGUCGAAUUCAUCAAAAAUUAUUUCUGAUAACAAUGAUGCAUGCAAUGUUAAUCAAUUAGCUUCAGAAGCUAUUAAUGUAGAUAGUGACAUUAAUGAACUUAUAAUUUCUACUGAUGAAAGUUCGUCAACGGCAAGUAGAGGCACAUCAUUAGAGCCCCUUGGCGAUAUUAAAAGUAUAAGUGAUGACAGUGAAAAAAAAAAUGUAGAAGUUUCAAAACCACAACGAAGAAGAAGACGAUCUAGAAAAUUAACUGUUUUAGAACGAGAUACUGUUCAAGAUAAUAGACAAGGUAUAGAAGGGCGACAGAAACGAAGAACAGCAAAAAAUGCAGAAGAAAUUAUAAGGAAAAAAUUCUUGGUUCAGGAUAGUGAUUUAGAGUCUAGUGAUAAUUCUGAUAAAUUUGUAAUUGUAAAUCAAAAAGUUAAUCAACAUGCGCAACCUCUUUCUCCUUUUUCAUUAAAACGUAAUUGUUCUGAUAUCGAUAUCACUGUUAAUGGUAAUAAAAGGCUCAAAAGUUCCGAAGAUGUUACAAUAAAAGAUGAUCACAAGGAUGAUAUUAAAGGUCUUAAUUAUAUAAAUAAGUUUUUUAGAAGAGAUCUCAAGGAAAAAUUACCUAAAUUAAAACAAGAAGAACUGGAGGAACUUUUAAUACAGAAAAUUGUAGAAACUAUAACAAUGCGUGGUGAAAUUGGAAGAUUGAGGGAACAAGCACGAAUAUCUGAAAAAAAUCAGGAAGCAACGCGAACUAGGUGUCAACAAUUAGCAAAACAAAUUAAAGAUUUUGAAAUGGUUUUAAAUCGUAAUGCGGCAGAUCGACGGGCAAAUAAUGAUAAGCCAACUGCACCAAUAAAAAUUAAUCGGUCUGUUGGAUUACAAGUUAACUUCAUUACGGAUCAUGGAAUACAAAGUUUAAGACAAUUACAGCAAAAUUCUACAUUAAAAUCUCUAAAUAUACCCACUACAAUUAAUUCUGUAGUGAAUGAAACGAACAAUAAUGCACUGAAUCAAAGAAAAGGAAUAAAAAUAAGAUCUCCAAGAAAACUUGAAACACCUAUAGUUGCUCAACCUGUUACUAUAUCGCACAGUGGAAUGCAGCCUCCUCCUUUGAUUCCCACUGUGACUCCAGCUGCUUUGGUUGUGUCUAAAACUGUUGAAUCUCAACACACUGUAAAUGCGCAAAAUCAAUCCAAUAGUAUUCAACAAUUAUUACCAAAUCAACAGCCAUUGCAACAACAAACUGUUGUACUAAAUGGAAAGGUUCCCCAUCAAACAAAUCGACAAAGUACAACGAUUAGUAUUUCGAAAAUGAAGACUAAUGAUCUCAUUGAUCUAACAGAUGAAGAAGAAAAAAAUAAAUCUACAGUAAGUAUAGCAAGCGUGACCACAAACGCAGAUCCCGCAGUAAAUAUUAAACAGAAAACACAGGCUUGCUUUCCUAGAGUAAUUCAAACACUCCCUGCAAAUGUAGCUAUAACAACACAACCUGCUAGCAUCAGAGUGGUGCAUACAGCAAGUCAUCCAACACCAACUGCUUUAGUAAAUAAUAUGAACGCACCUAGAUUAGCAUAUGUAAUGCAAAGUGGAGUUGGUGCAGGAAGACAGCUACUAAUAACAUCAAAUUCUAACCAGAUACGACCAGUAAGUUCAGGUAAUAGGCCACCAUUUACAACUCUUGCAUAUAAAACUGGUAUUUCAACAAAUGCAAAUGGUACUGUACGUGUAAUAACAACAUCCGCUAGUCCAAAUGUACACCUAAAAAAACAUCCAGCACCUCUACCAGACUCUCCUCAUUAUGCCAUUACUUCUAUAGCAAAACUACCCCCGCCAGCUCCUUCAUUAAAAAUAUCUAAAGUUGCAAAUGGUAUAGUGUUAUCGUGGAAUAUGACACUUUCGGAAAAAUACGCCGAUAUAGUUAGUUACCAAUUAUAUGCCUAUCAAGAAGUCGCAGGUGUGCCUCCAAGCACGAGUCUUUGGAAAAAAGUUGGCGAUGUUCGAGCUCUACCACUGCCUAUGGCUUGUACUCUUACUCAGAAGGUAACAAUUAUUACUUUGCAGUCAGAGCUGUCGAUACACAUUCCAGAAAAGGACAGUAUAGCGCACCUGGCAAUAUUUCUUUGUAAAGUAUAUGAGUUAUGAAAAUAUUCUUAUGUACAUGAUAUAUUCUCUUUAGAACUUUUUUAAUUUUACAUACAACAUUUGUAUACACGAUGAAAGAUGCUUCACAGCCCAUAUAACAUAUAUAAUUACAUUAUUAUCAGUUACUUUAUAUCUUCGUCAUAAAAUAUUCAUCGUUUUUUUAAACAACAAAUUAAGUGAUUGGUAACUUGUAAUUAUAUCGAUUAUAUAAAUUUUAUAAAAGAAUACAUCAAAAAAUUAUUCUAGUCCGAAUAUAUUCCUAUUUAAUAUAUAGUAAUACUCACUCAAAAUAACAAAGGGCGAUUUUGUGAAGCAUAUUACGAAAAAGAGAAGAAAACGAAUGAAACAAAUCAAUUAUGAAAACAGAAAAAAGAAAGAUAUAACAAAAGUGUUCAAAGUAGGGCUUGUCAUUUUUUUUACUUCCUUUUAUAGAACAAUUAAUUUAUAGAAACUCUUGAUAAGUUUCUUUAAUUUAUAUAUACGUAUGUGAUUAUGCGAAUCUCUUAUUAACCCAGAAAUUGAUAAUUCUAGAUAUUGAAUAACGAAUAAAUCUUUAGUAAGCAUAA